UAGCUGAUAGACAUUUAAGAAAAUUGUUUUUUUUUUUUUUAAUGAGAACAAGUUUUUUAAAUAACGGAAACGUUUUUAAGAAGAGCAAGAAAAUACCAGCGAUUAGAAUACGGCCACACCGAAACCGGGCUGGUAUUAAAUCUCGAACCGACGGUCACACUUUACAACCGAGCGCGCAAGUAACAACAAUUUUGUUUUGCUCAUUUUUUUUGCUUUCCGAGGACACACCGGCGAACAUGAAGCGCACUAAGGACGAGGACAAGGAGGAGUCGCCUUCCCAGCCGGUGACCCACAAUUCCAGCGCCGGCAGCAACGGCCACGACGCCCCAUCUCCGGUGGCGGCCACAUCUGCGCCGGCGGCCAAUUCCUCCGCCGUUCCGGAUGCCUCGGCCUCUGGAGCCUCCGUUCGCACGACGGGACGCGUGAAGAAACCCAAACUGGUGUACGAUCCCUCCGACAACUAUGUGUCCCGGGCCAGCAGCAAUCGCAGUUCCCUCGGCGCAGCUGGAGCCGCUGCAGCUCCUGCCACUGCCACUGUCACUGUCAUCCACGGUGUCCAGCAGUCAUCACCUGCCAAGGAGGCAGCCAAAGAGCUGGUGGCCAGCGAUUCCCAGGACUCCACACCCAGUCCGGCCGUUUCCGAGCAGCACCAGCAGCAGCAGCAGCAUCCGGCGCAGAAUCGCAACUUCGACACCUGCCAGAAGUGCUCCAAGAGCGAACCGAAGCGAGGAUCCGGCCACAAGAGCAACUUUCUCACCUGCAAGGGCUGCAUGCAGAAAUGGCACUUUCCCUGUUUGCCCAUCAACUUUGAUAACCAGAGCCUGGCCCGCAAAAGGUACAAGUGCGAGAAGUGUCGCUACUGCCAGGUGUGCAACGUGAGGGGUCGGGAUCUGGCCAUCUGCAGCACUUGCGUGGACGCCUACCAUGCGGACUGCAAUGAUCCCACCAUCAAGCAGGCCAAGUCAGUGGACACCAACCCCAAGUGGAAGUGCUUCCGAUGCGAGGCGAGUAAUAGCGGCCAAAACACCAGCCCUUCCAGCGAGGAGCAGGCGGGGGGCAGGAAGUCCCACGCAAUCCGCGAGGAGCAGCCAGUGGCGGUGGUUGUGGCGGCCAGAAAGUCCAAUGCGGGUCGCAAGAAGCGCGUUCAGUCCGAUCCCACGGGUCAGGAGAAACCAGCAAAGAUUGAGAAGCUGGGCAAACGCAUUCCGCCCUUGAAAAUGGAUGAGAAAAAAGAGAGGAAGGAGGUGGCCAAGGAGGAGAAGGUGGUGAAGAUGGAGAAGAUGGAAGAGCAGCGGGAGCAGCCAGUGGUGGUGGUCAAAGUGGAGAAGGUGGAGCAGGUGGAAGAUGAUGGGGAGAAUAAGCAUGAACCCAUGCAGCCAGAGCAUCGGGCAGAGGAGCUGCCGCUGCAGCCAAUUCGGAAAUCGUAUCCCUCACGUCUAACGCCACCGGCUCCUGCGGCCACAGAUAGCCCCGUGGACAUCAAGGGCCAGCCCGUGUCCAGCUGGUCCGUGGAGCAGGUCGUCGGCUUUGUGGCCAAGCACUAUCCGAAGGAGGCGAACGUGUUCCGCUACCAGGACAUCGAUGGCGCCUCCCUGCUGCUGCUCACCCGCCAGGAUGUGAUGAACGGAUUCGGCCUGAAGCUGGGACCGGCGCUGCGCGUCUUUGAACUCGUCAUGUCCCUGCAGAGUCGCUCCGACGACGUGAGACUCGCCUGGUUCGAGUAGCAUCGAGUAGAACCGCCACCUCCUUAGCACCUAAGAUCCUUACGCCGCACUGUAACUUUAAUCUAAUACACUCGUCGUCGGAGCGUGGCCUCGUCCGCUGGCCACCAAUAAAAGCUUAUAUUAAGUCUUCCGGCGGAUGGUCUGGCCUGCGCUCCAGUUUUUAAGAUGUUCUUCUGUA